AUGGACACGUUGAGCGAGGCAGUGGCCAAUGGAACCGCGACUGCGGCCACCAGGACGACCAAGGACAUCGUCAAGGAGCGCUUCAAGGAGGACGAGACCAUAGAAUACAUAUUCGAGGCAUAUCAGAUCAAAGGACCAGAGUACUCCAACCGGCUUCUGGCCCUGGUUUCAUCGCAGUCGGGCGGCACGUUUGCCAUCAUCGCGUUCUCCUACUUGCGCACUCCAUUGUCCUCCGCGAAUGAGCUGAUCAUCAACAAGGUGUUCGCAAUCGACCACAAUUUCCAGUUGCGACAGGACAGCAAGAGCUCGAUCACCACGCAACAGUUUGACCUGUCCACAGCCGAGGAUGGCCCCAUCAAGUAUUACUACUACGCCACGGAGGGCCACCACUACGAGGAGUUUGUGGCCAAGGUGAUUUCCUUCAAGAGCACCAUGGCGCAGCAUGAUCCCGAGACGGUGCUUAACUUCAGGUGGCUGAACGACUACCGGCAAAUCGGAGAAGUGAAGCAGGAGCUGAAGAAGCGGGAGAGCGAGUACAUUGUCUACAAGGACAUAAUCAUCUACUGCGCCACUUGGAAUGUGAACAACAAGACCUGCAGCGACAGCAACAAUCCACUGCGAUCCUGGCUGGCUUGCAGUGAGAAGCCGCCGGAUAUCUACGCGAUUGGACUGCAGGAGCUGGAUACUCCCACAAAAGCUAUGUUGAACUCCACCCAGGUGCAGGCCAUCGAGAAGCAAUGGAUCGAUAAGAUGAUGGACAGCGUCCACCCAGACGUAGAGUACGAAAUCCUGAUGUCGCACCGCCUGGUGGCCACCAUGUUGACGGUCAUCGUGCGCAAGCAGCUGCGGCAGCACAUCAUCCGCUGCCGGCCCAAGUCGGUGGCCCGCGGCAUCUUCAAUACGCUAGGCAACAAGGGCGGUGUCGCCAUCAGCCUGCAGCUCAACGAGGGCAACAUCUGCUUUGUGAACUCCCACCUGGCUGCCCACAUGGGCUACGUGGAGGAGCGGAAUCAGGACUACAACGCCAUCGUGGAGGGUAUACGCUUCGAUGAUGGCCGAACAAUCAGUGACCAUGAUCACAUCUUUUGGGUCGGCGAUUUGAAUUACCGCAUCCAGGAGCCACCCGGCCAACAGCGACCAGGACCACUGAGCGAUGCCCAGACCUACGAGCUGCUGCUGCAGUACGACCAACUACGUCAGGAGAUGCGGCGUGGAAAGUGCUUUGAAGGCUACACUGAGGGCGAGAUCAAGUUCCGGCCGACUUACAAGUAUGAUCCGGGCACGGACAACUACGACAGCAGUGAGAAGCAGCGGGCGCCGGCCUACUGCGAUCGAGUGCUCUGGAAGGGCACACGCAUCGAGCAGCUGGCCUACAACAGCAUCAUGGAGAUUCGGCAGAGCGAUCACAAGCCCGUGUACGCCGUGUUUCAGGUGAAGGUCAAGACUCGCGAUGAGGUCAAGUACAAACGGGUGCAGGAGGAGGUGCUGAAGGCAGUGGACAAGCGGGAGAACGACAACCAGCCGCAGAUCAAUGUCGAGAAGACGGUCAUCGAUUUCGGAACUGUGCGAUUUAACGAGCCGAGCACACGGGACUUCAACGUCUAUAACAACUGCCCACUACCUGUGGACUUCAGUUUCAAAGAGAAGGACAUACACGCCAUCUGCGAGCCAUGGCUGCACGUCGAUCCGCGCCAAGACUCGCUGCUGAUCGACUCCGCCCGAAGCAUUCGGCUGAAAAUGAACGCCAAUGUGCGCACCAUUGCCGGUUUGCUACGUAAGAUCCGCGCCAGCGACAACUUCGAUAUUCUUAUCCUCCAUGUGGAGAACGGGCGUGACAUCUUCAUCACGGUUACCGGCGACUAUCAGCCCAGUUGCUUUGGCCUUUCCAUGGAGACGAUGUGCCGCACCGACCGACCACUAAGCGAGUAUUCUCAAGAUCAGAUUAAGCAACUCAUGAAUGACGAAUCACCGGAAUACCGUGUGACGAUGCCUCGGGAAUUCUUUCUGCUGAUCGACUACCUGUACAGGCAGGGCUCCAAGCAGGUGGGCGCCUUCCCGUCCUACGACUCGCGUCUCUCCCUCGGCGCUCAAUUUAACUCGGUUCGCGAUUGGUUGGACACCUGGUCGGAUGAUCCGUUCCCUGCCAACGCAGAGUCGGCUGCGCAGGCGCUGCUGCUUUUGCUGGAUCUGCCGGAGCAUGCGCUGCUGGAGCCUGUAGUCGAGAAUCUGCUGGAGUGCACCAACAAGUCGCAGGCUAUGGACUACAUUUCGCUGUUGAGUCCCCCCAAGCGCAAUGUUUUCAUGCACCUGUGUAUGUUCCUGCGCGCGGGCAUCGAGAGUCAGUUCUAUGAUCUGCAUCAAGUCGCAUCCACCUUUGGCCGCAUUCUGUUGCGCAGCACCGAGCGUGCCGCCUGGAUGGACUACCACAGCCGCUGCAUACAGUUUAUGCGGCUCUUCAUCGACACCGACGUCGAGGCAAUGGGCAACGGCAAUGAGGGCGCCGGAACUGGAACAGGCUCGGGAUCCGGGACCCGGGCGGGUCUGCAGGCAUAGUCGCUGCAGCUGUGCCGCCGAACCGGAAGCGAGCGAUAGAUGUACUCUGUUGAUAGUUACGCAUAGUGUUAGGCUAUUUAUUUUACUUGUUGGUACUUUGUUGGCACUUAGCAUUUAUAUUUUCUCUGUUUUAACUGUUAAUUGUUUGUGCCCGCCCUCCGUUCAUUCCAACUCGGUUGUCCCUGCCUGCACCACAAAUCCACGGAGACACGCAACCAGCAACGCAAAGAUAAAUGAAUUGUGUAAAUAAGUAAUUCGUUUAGUACGAUUGUUUGUUAGUUUACAUUAAUGAAGUGACCCUCUUACAGCCCCGUUUCAGUUGCAACUGAAAAUAAAUAACACCGUUACACAGUA